CGGAGACUGGCGGCCUCUAGCGUCUCCUUGGUGGAGCUCAGUAUUCAAGGUUCUAGAAAAGUCGGGACACCUCUCUGCCCAGGCUCAGCCUAGCAGGACUCUGGAGGGACACUGGAGUGUGGGAGAAGGACUUCGGGUGGAGUUUUCCUGGCGACCGCCCAGGCCUGUGUCCUCUGCCACCUCCCAGACCGUGACUUGGCGGGCCGCCUGGCUAAACUCUGCAGCCGAGUAGAGGCUCGGUGGAAGGACUGUAGGGCCUCCUGGAGCUUCCCUGCCUUUGCCUUAGAUGAGACGUCCAUGAACAAUGUCAUAGAGAAGACUCACAGAGUCCUGAGGGUCAUGGAGAUCAAAGGGUCUCUCUCCUCUCUCCCUUUGUAUCGGCAUUGGCUGCAAAACACCAAGCUCCCCGCCUACAGCAGGGAAGCUCUCUGCGCGCCUGCCUGCCGGGGCAGCACCGUCGUGUACAACUGCUCCACCUGCCAGGAACUCGACGUCUGCUGCUGGCCCCGAAAGCGCUGCCUCCCAGGUUCUACCCCUCCGCCCGGCCUCCCCUGGCUCAGGAAGUCACGAUCUCUGGGAAGCCAGGGUUCUGCUCCUCGCUCUCCUGGUGGCUGCCUUCCUGCUGGGUGUUCUGAGCCUCAUGGUGGAGUGAGUCGGGGGCGGGGUCCAGUUACUUGGAAGAAAAAAGGACGAGUGAAGGUUUCCACAGCCUCCCAGCCUCCAGUUCUAAAGACCAUGAACCCACAACUUCCACUUCCCUCCAAGGGGAUCAGCCAGCCCCUGAGUUCCACUCCCAGAGGUUCAGUCUUCCAGACCCGGAAACCCAGACGUCCCCUUGAUCCCAGUGUCAGAGGGCCUCCUGGGACCCAGGCACCCCACUGGAAAUCUCCUCCCUCCAGCCCUCAACUAAUCAGACAGGAGCAGCCAGCUGCUGGUUCCAGGAAAUUAUCUACAGAAGGAAAGAAUCCCCUCCUCGCCACCCCUCCCACGCCCCCUCCCGCCUGUUCUCGGAAAGCAGGGGCCGCCUGCCCCAGAAGCUCCUCCUGGCCCUCUUGUGACUGAUUGGGAAUCCGGGAAUGAGUAUUUUGGAAAACUCCCUCCCUUUAGAGCUGAGACCACAUCAGUCAUCCUGCUGACAGGCUCUCCCUCCAUUUAACAUUGUGAAGCCGUGGCCUCCCGCGGAGGCGUCCCUCCUGCCAAGGCCAAGUAAACCUGUUGUCAGAUGGCUUCCA